CCGCUGCGGAGGUGAGUGCAGGGCUCUGGGCGCCGUGGGCCGUGCCCUGUCCCACAGGCUCUGGGUCUGGCGGAGACGCACUCCCACCCUGUGUGCAGCUGGGUCUCCGGUGGCCUAUGCUGCCAGGAGGCCCAGGCUGGGAGAGGGAGCAGGGCGGCGGCCCGGGGUGGUCUUCCGCGCUCCUCGACUCCAGCUUUGGUCUUUGUGGCUCAGUAGGUUGCGCCUGUUGGAAGGGGAAACCCAUGUUGCUGUCCCAGCCACGAGGCCCCGAGCAUUUAGCACUUGAUCAGCUGGGGGAAGAUGUGUCGGUGCAGCUAAAGGGUGGAAUAUUUGCGGGCAUGAAGCGGCCCGAGGUGAUACCACAAGUCGUUUGACAUGCUGAGGUCUGGCAGGAACAUUAACCUGUGUGCAUCCCAAGUAUGGACCGUGUGCUCCCAGGCUCCUGACAUAGGGUCAAGAAUUAGGGCCGCGUGGGAGCGCAGAGCCCCUCCCAGUCACCCGGCAGCAGAAGCCCGGCUUUUGGAGGACACUGUCUCCUGGAGCAGUGUCGGCCGUAAAAGCUCCAGUCCUUCUCUGAGAGGGGGACCAGGGGAUGGCAGCCAUGCACCUGACAGCCUGGCCCCAGGGACUUCACGGAUCCCCUGAAGCUCAUCCAUGGACUUCCAUGGACUUCCGUGGACUACAGGUUGAGAACAGUCAUAGCCACAGUCACACCAGUUGUAUCGUUGGAGGCUUACUAUGCUCCAGGCGCCAUGCUAAGCCUUUUAAGUUGGUGACCUUUGAGGACGUGGCUGUGUACUUCACCCAGGCAGAAUGGGAUGGUCUGUCCCCUGCACAGAGGACCCUGUACAGGGAUGUGAUGCUGGAGAAUUAUGGGAAUGUGGCCUCCCUGGGAUUUCCACUUCUCAAACCUGCUGUGAUCUCACAACUGGAGGGAGGAUGUGAGCUGGGGGGCCCAUCUCCACUGGCUGCAGGAACAGGCCUCUGGGGCCUCUGGACUGGUAAGGAAGUAGAUAUUCAGACUGACAAUGAUUUGACAAAGGAAAUGUAUGAAGGAAAAGAGAAUGUAUCUUUUGAACUUCAAAGGGACUUUUCCCAGGAAACAGACUUUUCAGAAGCCUCUCUUCUAGAGAAACCACAGGAAGUCUACUCAACAGGAAAUAUAAAGAAGGAGAAGAGCAACACCAUUGAUGGAACAGUGAAAGAUGAGACAAGCCCCAUGGAGGAGUGUUUUUUUAGUCAAAGUUCAAACUCAUAUCAGGGUCAUACCAUCACUGGAGUGCAGCCCUCUGGGUGUACAGGAUUGGGGAAAGCCAUCAGCUUUGAUACAAAACUCGUUAAGCAUGAAAUAAUUAAUUCUGAGGAAAGACCUUUCAAAUGUGAAGAAUUAGUGGAGCCCUUUAGGUGUGACUCUCAACUUAAUCAACAUCAAGAAAACAACACUGAGGAAAAGGCUUAUCAGUGUUCGGAGUGUGGCAAAGCUUUCAGCAUUAAUGAGAAAUUAAUUUGGCAUCAAAGACUUCACAGUGGGGAGAAACCCUUCAAAUGUGUGGAGUGUGGGAAAAGCUUCAGCUACAGUUCCCAUUAUAUCACACAUCAGACAAUCCACAGUGGGGAGAAGCCCUAUCAGUGUAAGGUGUGUGGGAAGGCCUUCAGUGUUAAUGGAAGCCUAAGUAGGCAUCAGAGAAUCCAUACGGGAGAGAAGCCUUAUCAGUGCAAGGAGUGUGGAAAUGGCUUCAGCUGUAGUUCUGCGUAUAUUACACAUCAGAGAGUCCACACUGGGGAGAAACCUUACGAGUGUAAUGACUGUGGGAAAGCUUUCAAUGUUAAUGCAAAAUUAAUUCAGCACCAGAGAAUCCACACGGGAGAGAAGCCUUAUCAAUGUAAUGACUGUGGAAAAGGCUUCAGGUGCAGCUCCCAGCUUAGGCAGCAUCAGAGCAUCCACACAGGAGAAAAGCCCUAUCAGUGUAAAGAGUGUGGAAAAGGCUUCAAUAAUAAUACAAAACUCAUUCAGCAUCAGAGAAUCCACACAGGUGAGAAACCCUAUGAAUGCACUGAAUGUGGAAAAGCCUUCAGUGUCAAAGGGAAGUUAAUCCAACACCAGAGAAUUCACACAGGCGAGAAACCCUAUGAGUGUAAUGAAUGUGGGAAAGCCUUCAGGUGUAACUCCCAAUUUCGGCAGCAUCUGAGAAUUCACACUGGGGAGAAGCCCUAUGAGUGUAAUGAGUGUGGAAAGGCCUUCAGCGUUAAUGGGAAACUAAUGCGGCAUCAGAGAAUUCACACUGGGGAGAAACCUUUUGAAUGUAAUGAAUGUGGGAGAUGCUUUACUUCUAAAAGAAACCUACUUGAUCAUCACCGAAUCCAUACUGGAGAAAAGCCCUAUCAAUGUAAGGAAUGUGGGAAAGCCUUCAGUAUCAAUGCCAAACUAACUAGGCAUCAGAGGAUACAUACUGGGGAGAAACCUUUCAAAUGUAUGGAAUGUGAGAAAGCGUUCAGCUGUAGUUCUAACUAUAUUGUGCACCAGAGAAUUCACACUGGAGAGAAACCCUUUCAGUGUAAGGAGUGUGGAAAAGCCUUCCAUGUUAAUGCCCAUUUAAUUCGGCAUCAGAGGAGCCACACUGGGGAGAAACCCUUCAGAUGUGUGGAAUGUGGCAAAGGCUUCAGCUUUAGUUCUGACUACAUUAUACAUCAGACAGUCCACACUUGGAAGAAACCCUAUAUGUGUAGUGUGUGUGGGAAAGCAUUCAGGUUUAGCUUCCAGCUCAGUCAGCAUCAGAGUGUCCAUAGUGAAGGAAAAUCCUAAUAAUGAGAAAGAUGUAGAAAACUCUCAAGAUUAAUGCCAAAAUGGAUCAAGUAUCAUCAGAUUCACCCAUUGAAAAACCCCCAAGAGGGAACGAAUAUGGCAGAGUCUUCAUAUGGAAAGAGUUUUUAUUCUAUUCAGUUUUUAAUCAGGAAAGGAUGACUAUUUAAAGAGAGACAGCCAAAAUAAAUAGCUUUGUUUUGUACCAACAGGAAUUAGAAAAUAUAAUGAAGGAAAAGAUUUCAUUCCCAGCAGCAUCAAGAAAAGUAAAAAGUAGAUUUUCUAGAAAUAAACAGUUAUGGAGGACUUGUAUGGAGAAAUUUAAGUCUUCACUGGGAGCCACUUUAGAAAGGAAAUUUGAAUAAAUGGAGAGAGAGAGAAGCCUUGUUGGAUAGGAAAACCCAUACUAAAGAUACUCUACCCGCAUUAAUUUAUUUGUUUAGUUUUUGACAACAAGCAUGUAUUACUUUUGAAAAGAUGAAAAAUAAAGAUUUAUUUAAAAAAGGAAAAA